AAAAAAAAAAAAAAGGAAGAAAUUGAAAGCAAUUCCUAGAAAUGUUCCUGUUUUAAGAUAUCCUCCUAUAUGCUCUUUUAGUAACCCAUUUUCAUUUAUGUUAUUUUCAGUUCAUUUUUAGAUUGUGUUUUGGUUAAGUGCACAACAUAGGGAAGAGCAGAAAUAUAUGGAAAGGAUCUGAGAGGUAAAGAUAUAAAUGUAGUUUGGCACUUGUUAAGACUGUUUUCAGAAAUCUCUAAGAGUUAAGUCAAGCGUGCUUUUCUCAUCCUCAGUGAAAGUUUUCACAGGAUUAGGUACCCUGACUUCAAAGUCAGUGCCUAUCCUGUGUAUUUUGUCUCCUUGUCCUUAAUUUUCUGGGUGCAGGAAAAAUGGUGGGGCUUUUUCUGGUGUCUUUUAAUCUUUUUGGGUUUUGUUCAUGUGUUAUGUUUUGUGGUUUUAAUCCAUGAAUGCCUUUGUUUUAAAUACAUAAGUGUUAAUUUGCGUUUUUCCGUACUGCUUCUACUAGCUUCUUGGAUUGCCGGAAAACUGUUGGAAUACCUCUUCCAGGCAGUCAUCAGUUAAUAGAUUAUAAGUAAAGAAAAUUGCCUAAAGGAAGGUAAAUAAUGUAAAAUUUUGACUUAAUGUUUUUCCUCUGAGUGAUCACUUUAAGAUUAUUUCAUUGCCCUAAUCAAAAAUUAAUUGAAUAACAUGAAUAGGUAGCUUAUAGCUUGUGGAUUUAUGUGACUGUCUCUUCUCACUACUGUGUCAUGCAGCUGAAGCAGUGAUAAGCAGAGGCCUACAGAUAAAUUCUUUCCUUCCCCUUCCCAUAGCAACAGUCAGGAAGGGACUUUGGGUGAAGUUCUUCAGAGGAUUCCUUUGCUUGCUGUUGUGAUUCAAGAUCCAGCCCAUAUUAUGGCUGGCAGUGGGUCCAGAUCAGGACCAGCCAGUGGGUUGUCCAUGAAAUCGCAGCUUCAGAUCACUGUUAUUUCAGCAAAACUAAAAGAAAAGAAUAAAUGGUUUGGACCUAGCCCUUAUGUGGAAGUCUCAGUAGAUGGACAGUCAAAGAAGACAGAAAAAUGCAACAAUACAAAUAGUCCAAAGUGGAAACAGCAUCUUACAGUAAUUGUCACUCCUGUAAGUAAAUUAAACUUUCGAGUCUGGAGCCAUCAAACAUUAAAGUCUGACGUCCUGCUGGGAAGUGCUGCUCUGGAUAUUCAUGAGACGCUGAAAUCCAACAGUAUGAAAUUGGAGCAGGUAGUGGUGACAUUGCACCUGCUUGGUGACAGGGAGCCAGCAGAAGUGGUGGGAGAUCUGUCGGUCUGUCUGGAUGGGAUGCAGGUCGACCCCGAGCUCCUGACCAAUGGGGAAGCCUCAAGUACAAGAAGUCCUACACAGAGUGAAAGCUCCAGAGUAAGGAGUGAUGCACGGACUAACUCCAAUGGCCUUGAAAACUGUGAGGAUGCUGCUUCCAGUGAAAACAAGACUGUUAAUGGCAGUGACUCUCCGUUGCUCACAAAUGGGAACUGCAAACCUGCCAGACCUCCCAGGCCUGCCAGGCCCCCGCCCCCCACUCCCCGCAGACCCCCGUCGGUUGCUGCAAGUGCAAAUGGUCCUUCAUCCACAUCCACAGAAAGUGAUGGGGCCAGUGCAGGAUCACUGGCAGGUACAGGCUCAAAUACACCUUCAGAGCAGAGCCCUGAGGGGGCAACAGCCGCCAGCACAGCUCCUGCCACUCCUGCACUCACCACUCCUCCAGUGUCAAGACAAGUCCAGCCAGUAAAUCCUUCACCUCAGGCUCUUACUACAGUCAGCCAAGGGCCUCUUCCACCUGGUUGGGAGCAAAGAGUAGACCAGCAUGGUCGAGUGUACUACGUGGAUCAUGUUGAAAAAAGAACAACGUGGGAUCGGCCAGAGCCUCUUCCUCCAAGCUGGGAGCGCCGAGUAGACAACAUGGGCAGGAUUUAUUACGUUGACCACUUCACCAGGACCACAACGUGGCAGCGGCCGACACUGGAGUCCGUCCGGAAUUACGAGCAGUGGCAGCUCCAGCGCAGCCAGCUCCAGGGAGCCAUGCAGCAGUUCAACCAGAGGUUCAUAUAUGGGAACCAGGAUUUUUCAUCCACACAGAACAAAGAGUUUGAUCCUCUUGGCCCUCUGCCACAUGGAUGGGAAAAGAGAACUGACAGCAAUGGCAGAGUGUAUUUUGUCAAUCACAACACACGAAUUACUCAGUGGGAAGACCCCAGGAGUCAGGGUCAGUUAAAUGAGAAGCCCUUGCCAGAGGGCUGGGAAAUGCGAUUUACUGUGGAUGGAAUUCCCUAUUUUGUGGAUCACAAUAGAAGAACCACUACAUACAUAGAUCCCCGCACGGGCAAGUCUGCUCUAGACAAUGGACCCCAGAUAGCUUAUGUGCGUGAUUUCAAGGCCAAGGUCCAUUAUUUCAGAUUCUGGUGUCAGCAACUGGCAAUGCCACAGCACAUAAAGAUCACAGUGAGCAGGAAAACAUUAUUUGAGGACUCAUUUCAGCAGAUAAUGAGCUUCAGCCCUCAGGAUCUCCGGAGACGUUUAUGGGUUAUUUUCCCUGGUGAAGAAGGUUUAGAUUAUGGAGGUGUGGCAAGGGAGUGGUUCUUUCUGUUGUCACAUGAAGUCUUGAACCCCAUGUAUUGCCUGUUUGAAUAUGCAGGGAAAGAUAACUACUGCUUACAGAUAAACCCAGCCUCUUAUAUCAACCCAGACCACCUGAAAUACUUCAGAUUCAUCGGGAGGUUCAUUGCCAUGGCUUUGUUCCAUGGGAAGUUCAUUGACACUGGUUUCUCUCUGCCAUUCUAUAAACGUAUCCUAAACAAGGCAGUAGGACUCAAGGAUUUAGAAUCUGUUGACCCAGAGUUUUACAACUCUCUCAUCUGGGUAAAAGAGAAUGAUAUUGAAGAAUGUGGCUUGGAAAUGUUUUUUUCUGUUGAUAAAGAAAUACUAGGUGAAAUCAAAAGCCAUGAUUUGAAGCCAAAUGGUAGCAACAUUCUGGUCACAGAAGAAAAUAAAGAAGACUACAUCAGGCUAGUGGCAGAAUGGAGACUGUCCCGAGGUGUUGAGGAGCAGACACAGGCUUUCUUUGAAGGCUUCAAUGAAAUACUGCCACAACAGUAUUUGCAGUAUUUUGAUGCAAAGGAACUGGAGGUGCUUCUCUGUGGAAUGCAAGAAAUUGACCUGAAUGACUGGCAGAGACACACCAUCUACAGGCACUACACCAGGACCAGCAGGCAGAUUGUGUGGUUCUGGCAGUUUGUGAAAGAAAUAGAUAAUGAGAAGAGGAUGAGACUCUUGCAGUUUGUGACUGGAACAUGCAGAUUGCCAGUGGGAGGAUUUGCUGACCUCAUGGGGAGCAAUGGACCCCAGAAAUUCUGUAUCGAAAAAGUUGGAAAAGAAAACUGGUUACCCAGAAGUCAUACCUGUUUCAAUCGCUUAGACCUUCCACCAUAUAAAAAUUAUGAACAGUUGAAGGAAAAGCUGUUAUUUGCAAUUGAAGAAACAGAAGGAUUUGGGCAAGAGUAGCUGAAAUUUGCACCUUGAAGAAUGUGAAACCAACACGAUGUAUGUGCUUCACUUCUUCUGCUUGUUGCACGCUUCAUUGUAAAGUAGACAUGACUUGGAUUUAUUUAACAGUACUAAUGUGUAAAUAAAUGGAUGUUAUCCUGAGGUUAUCCACCUUAACUCUGGAUUUCUACUGAGCACUUUCAGAAAUCAAAUGAGCAAUCUGAUGUGGCUACAAGUGACUAAUGACUGAAGUAGAGGUUUAAUACAGCUUUGGGCUCUGCUUUGUUUUACCAUUCAUUAAUUAGAAUGUGUCCUUAAUGACUGACAGAUUUUUAACAAUAGUUUUGUCUUUCCUUUUUAGUAGCAUUUUUGCUACUGAUGCACUGGGAAGUUCAUUGGUAGCUGCAAUGCUGCAGCAGCAUCCUAAGCCUGCUAACAGCAGUGUCAGAGCCAGCCUGGAUGCACCUCUGUGCCGUGAGCAGCUCCAAUCCUUAAGCUCCUUUUUCUAACUCAAGUGUGGCCAGACUGUUUUUCCUUGCCUGGAGUCUGCUCAUGUGCCAGCUGGACUGAAGCUGCUGUUAAGGGGAUGUCAAACUGCAGCACAAAUCCAGGGCAUAGCUUCGCUUUGGUUUAUCCCAAUCCUGCUCCUGUCAGCAAAAGAGACACCUGCCCAGAGCUGUUGGAACACUGCUCUGUGCCCUCUGAAGGGUUCUGAGCUUUUGCUGCGUAACACAUUUUAACUUUGAAAUCAAUAUUAACACUGUGGUACUUCAUUUGUUUUGCAAAAGACAAGCCCAGCUGGUAUUGCACUGAUUCCAUUGAGGUUCCUGUUUGCAGGCUGUUUGUCAGCAGUGUUAAUGGACAUUACCCUCGGUGUUUUUCCUACAUGUUGCAGUCAGUUUGCUCCGAAGAGUUCGUGCAGCUCUCAGGAAGAAGCACAAAACAGCUGGAUUGAAAAAAUGAUCCUACUCAUCAUUUCUGUGGAUGAACUGAUGUGUGAGACUGGCUGAGGCCAAGAGGAUUAGAAAGUUCAGACACGGAUUACAGGUUUUGGGGAAGCUGGAGCAUUAGUAAAUAGCUCUCUAAAGUUCGAAACUAAAGCUUUUGGGGAGGUUUCUAAGCUAAUUCACCCUAAGCUGCUUACAGCUAGUAACUUUUGUAGCGAGUUCCUGUUGAAUUAACAUUAUUUCCUCUUAGAAUCUGUUAAUUCUUUUCCGGUUUACAAUAACAUUUUGCAUUUUACUGCUCCUUUAGACUGAAUGCACUUUUUGGGUCUGGUCAGCCCUUUCCCUUCCCCUGAAGGGAGGAAGUCAGACACCAGUGAAAUGAGCUGUAGCCACAGUGAGUGACACUUGAAAUAACAUGUAGCACAUACUAAAGCAAACCUGCAGCUCUGAGCGCUGGGGCAUGAGCUGCAUUUAAGAAUCUUUCAGAUGACAGAGCUUAAACAAGACAGUGGGAAACUACAAAACUGAACAUUCAGUCUGGAAGAGUAUUUCUUUUCCUGCUGUCUUAUCUAUCUAAACUGCAAGAGGGAAAAACUGAUUCAGGCCUAAGAAGAACCAAGGCACUACAGGUUUUAACUGACUUCACAAGUGUGUCAGGGCUCAGUGAUAAAUGCUUUGGGAAGGCAGGAGGGUGGGACUUGUCAGGCUUAAUUGAAGGAAGGCCUGGGGAGAGGUGCUGAUGAUACAGAAAUGCCCCUCAUUUAAAGUUUCAUCGAUGGUGAGAAUUCACCUUCAGGUGUAACUGGGAGGAGAAUUGCCAACUUCCACAGUAUUUGGAUCUAUGACAGUAUACAGCUCAUGAGAAAAAAAAAGCCUUAUAUAUAUUUUCUGUUUAUAUUAAUUCUUACAGUGAAAUGUAGUUAUCUAACAUAUUUACAAGAGAGAUUAAAUUAAGCAAGAUAAUGCAAGGUUAAGCUAUGAAAAAUAGUCUAUGUUCUGCAUAUUGCUUUACGAUUCGUGUAGGGAACCUAGAACUAUUGUUCAUGUAUAAAUAUCACCCAAAAGGCUGUCAGCCCUAUAUUUUUAAAAUAAAGAGUAGUUAUAAUUGAAAUAGCCUUAGCCCUAGUUCUAUAGGGUUUGGCUGUUGAAUAUUUUUAUGGUUGAAAUGUUUAGUUCAAGAAAACAUACCUGCUUGUAUAUAUUUUUGAUGUCCAGGACUCCACUUAUUCCAUUGUUUCUUUAAUUUAAAUGGCACGUUUAUAUGUCUUUUCUGCUGUACCAGGAUGGGAGAAAGGGGGCUGGAUAUUCCAAGCACCAGAUAUGAUUUUAAAAUAUUGAAAAUAAAGAAUUCAUUGAGGGGGAAAAAUAAUCAGUGAAGCAUCAGAUUAGGCCAAAUGGAAAAAGUUUAAAGCAACUUUACAGCAUUACAUUGACAAUAUUUCUGAAGGCACUAGUUCAGAUUCCUUAAGCAUUUGACUUUGUUAGUAUUUGAAUACUAACAAAUCUGUUAAAUUUUUACAGCAUGUUGUGUAGAAGUUAAAAGGAAUUAUACAAGCCACUGGUGCACUUUUCAGUUCUUUCUGGGGAUCUGGUGAAGCAAUACAGGAAUGAGCCCAGAGCAGCUGCUAUCCCAGAUAACAGGUUUUUGUGGAUUGGAUUUACAAGUGAGAUUUUCAGCAGAGAUUAAUUAAUUUGUCUCCUACUGCUUCAACUGUUUUAGCUACCUGAGCUGCAUAAAUUCAUAGUAUGUCACAAAUGUACAUUCAUAUGCAACUGUCAGUUGAUCCUAAUUACCAAGUAUUAAAAGAAAUUUUAUUUAGAAUUUUCUUUCAUGAGAAUGACAUGAGAAAAUUAAAUACUGAGAAUUAACAAAGCCUUAUUGUUGCAAGUAGCUCAGGAACUGUUCACUUACUAAUGACGUGCACAGUAAAUACAUUCUUUAUCUGAUCUAGUAUGGAAGUUUGGGGUUUUUUGAAUCCAAUUGCUUGAGUUUAAAAAAACCAACCUUUUUUUAUUAUUUUGAGGAAAAAAAAAAUUGUUUGAGGGGGUUAGGGGUUUUUGUUCGGUUUUUAAAAAAUUUUAUUUUAUUACAUGCUGCACUGGAUUUGUAAUCUCAACUCUGUUAUAUUGGUAUCUCCAGCCCCCUUUUUUGUGGUGUCUUUUAAAAAUUUUCUCCGAGAAUCACUGUUUGUGUAUAUGUGCUCUAGUGAACUCAUGUAGAAAUUGGGAUCAGCAGCACUGGAUUGUAAAAUACUGUACUGAAAUUCAUUGUCGAUAUUUCCUUGCAUUGUAAUUUCAAAUACUCAGGUAACUGUAACAGUAUCUCAGUAAGUCAAAUACUUUUAUAAAACUACUUAAAGA